CCACACACGUCUAAAUUUUACAGUAUAAGAUAAAUAUAACCAAACAAAAAAAAAAGGAAUUUCUUUCAUCAAAAAUGGAUUUUCAAAAUUAAUAAGCAAACUUUUCAAAAUUCUCUGUAAAAAUGGAUCGUCGCACAAGCUUCAAAAUGUCUCGAAUGUCUAUAAAGUCCAAGGAUUCAAAUUUUCGAUUAUUGAUGCGCCGAAGAAAAGCUGCGAUGGAAAAGAUGAAAAUCUUGAAACCUAUCAACUUUUGUUGUACCUUGGAAGAUAUCGAUUCUAUGAUUACAUAUGAUCAACGUAAACCACCUUACACGUCUUCUUUGACCGCAAUAAGUUUGUUACAAGAAUCUCCAGCAAUAAAAUUACGCACACAACAUGUUAAUCGCAUGGAAACGUUACCAAGAAGGUCGACGCUGAGAAACAAAGAUCUACAGUUCGCUCGAAUGAACUCUGAAAAUCUUGCUAUUUCUUCGAUCAUUGGACCAACCCAGUGGUAUAUAGAAGACGAGCUCGCGUUAGCCAAAGAUAUCAUAUGGGAAGAAAGAUUACAUAAGAACAUUGAAGAGACAACCAAGAAUGUUCGUAUUGGAAAAGAAAAAAUGGAAUCUAAAUUGAAACAAAUAAAAAGUGUUGUUGGACCACGAUGGUAUCAAGAUUUCUCUAUUGAUCAGAUGAAAAAUCUAAUGAUAUUAGAGGAUGUGAUAAUAGCUGAUUACAAACAAAUGGAAACUGGUCGUACUCAGAAAACGCUUACGGCUAUAGGAGUAUUAUCGACCUUUUUUAAGAUAGAUGGAAAAAAUAUCAGAAAAAUGCAACGAUUGUGUGACUUUAAGGCGAUUGAUUUUCUACGAGAAACUUAUAGAUUACUUACUGGAAAUUAUUUCGAAGAAGAAGGCUACAAGAACGAUUAUGAUUGCAACGAAAGAAUCAUUUUAUCCGCUAUUGCUUUCUUGACGUUACCAGAGACGAUUAUCGAAUUAAAUAAAAGAUUGCCCUCUGUUAUUAUGCCGAAAAUCCCUCCGAAACCUCUUCCAAUAAAGCCUCCACCAAGACAAAAAGCGAGUUCGCCGUACAAAGAAGAACUCUUUACACGUCCAGAUUGGGUAACUUACUUUAAUCGUUUGCACGAUUGGCGACAAUAUUGUAAAUCGAUGUUAAUACCAAAAGUGAUCUUACCUGAUAAAGAUUGUCCAACAUUUACUUACAAAGAAAAAUUACAAAACGUCGAAAUAGAUCAUAAAAUGGUUAAACACGAUCUGUCCAAGAAUACCAAAGAUGAUACGAAGAAAGGAGAUAGUAAAUAUCAAUGCAAUCGUAAUUAUUUAAAGUAUAAUAAUAUUAAAUUCCUAGGUCCAUCGAAACACCCAGAAAGAGUAUCAAAAUCUAAUGAAGGUACGAAAAUUCAAGAAUCUAAUAAAAAACGCCCUAGUGUUGAUAAAUCCGAUGUCUCUAAAUCGCCCGAGGAAAAUCAAGUUUUCGAUUUUACGUUUUCUGGAUUGAGCGAAAACCAAACUGAUCCAGUGCAAUACAAGAUUUGUGGAACAUUUAAUCCACCUCGGGAAAAUAAAAAAUCUUGGCUAGGAGAAAAGGACGCUCAUUUUAUUAUCAGUGGUGUCUCGGAUGAUCCACCUCAGUGUCCUGUUUCUUUUGAGAUGACAGGAGUGGCUAAUAUUACGCCAACGAAUAGCGACGAAAGAUUCUUCACAGUGUUAAAACUUGGCGAUGGACCCAAUAAGAUUUAUCCGAGUGGUCGAAAAAAUCUUUCAAAGAAUUGGCAAGAAUGGCUACAUAAUGCAGACGAAGAAUUUAUAAAAGUAGAGAAGGAAGCAAACAAGAUAUUGAAAAACGUUGAGGCUACGAUGAGACUCGUCUUUCCAGGACCGAUUUGUGAUAGUUGUUGUUCUUGCAGGCAAACCAGAAAGACUAAUAUCAUGCGUAAAAACAUGAAGACACCUUACAUGGUCAUUGAUACUUUAGCCGAAGACAAUCGAAAACAAAAAUACAUCGUUGGAUCAAUGGCACUUCAUUCACCAGCGCCUACACCUAAUCAAUCUAUGGUGAAUUUGAUCGAUGUCAUUGCUUCCGAGGAUAAGAUCACUACGAAUGUUGUUAUAAAUAGUGUAACAACUGAGAAAGGCGAGAAAAAAUAUUACAUAACUGGUAUGGCGAAAGAUACUAUUCAUGUUCCUUCAAAAAUCGUCGAUCCACAUUCAUUAAACUCUGAACCAUUGCCACUUAAAAAUAUUCCACCAUGUUCUUGUGCCGUUCAGCAAAUGUUUAAUCAGGGUGUAACUCCAAGAUUGAGUACCGAUAACAUCCCAUGGACUAAAAAAGAAGGUUUAUGUUUAGGAAAAAAAUAUAGACCUAAGGCAUCUGCAGCUUAUUCUUGUAAAGCCUACCCAGGUGAUAAAUCCUGUAGAUUGAAUCCUUUCCUCAAGGAAGUUGCUCGAUUAGAAAGAAAAAAGAAUGAAAAGAAAAAGACUGAAGAUGAUUAUUACUCCAAGAAGAAAAAAAGAAUGUAUAGUAUCGCUGAUUUUCAACCUUGCGGUGAUGAACAUGGUAUGAAUAUCUGUGGUGGUCCAUGGCGUACUCUUAACGUUUUAACUCCCGAAGAACUGGAGGAACUAGAAAAAGAACGAAAACAGAUUUUGAAGGGCCCACCAUGUGGAACAAAACCAGGACGUGCUGUUUGCAAAGGACCUUUUGGUGAGAGGAUACCACAACCAAGAAGAGCCAGGCCAACAGACGAGGAGGAAGAAGAAGAAGAAGAGGAAGAGGAGGAAGAAGAAGCAGAAGAAAUACCUGUUCCAGUGAAAAAGGAGAGGAUCCUAAGACGUGACAGACUUUGCCAUGCCAGUCCAGAAACCAUAGCAGCCGAGAAAAAGAUUGUUGAGAAAAAAGUUACCAAAUUUAUACCUGAUCCAGAUUAUGAUGGUUACGAUGAUUCAUGGAAUAUUUUUCGUACUGCACCAUCGGUCAAGGAAACUAUUGCGGAAUAUGAACAAACUUUGAAACUUUCAACUCCUAUACCAAGAUCGGAUCCAUCUGAACCGAUUCUUGAAGUUUUGAAGAGGAGAAAAAAUAAAAAAGCUAAUAUUUUUACAUUAUCAAAAGAUAAUUCAUCGAAAAUAUUAAAGGACAAACAUAAAGUUUUGUCUGCGAAAAUACAUUCGGAUAAGAUCAAGAAAGAAACGAAAAGUAAAAAGAAACCCGAAGAAAGUACUAAAAAACGAUUUGACGUCACCGAAACGUCGAAGAAGCAAUCGCAAAAGAGAUCGAACUUCGUUUCGAAGAAAGAAAAAGAGAGAACUAAAAGAACAAAUAAUCCUAAUAAAAGUACACAAGAUGCGAAAUCAAUUGUAAAAAUGAAAGAGAAGAACAAACGGUUGCCGCAAAUGGCAAAAAGAUUUAUUAAAAAUAAUGGUAAUUCAAAAUGGCGUAAGGAGAAAAGUAAUAACAAUGAAAGGAAACGCGAGAAAGUUAAAAAUAAAUUAGAAUCCAAUCCAAAUAAUCCCACGACUAAAUAUGAAAAAUCCUUGAAAAUCAAUCCAAGAAGUUCUUACGAUGAAAAGUUAAAGGAAGGAGCAAGAAAGGAAGAUAAGAAAAAUCCGAACGAAAGUACGCUUAGAAAAAUUUCGAAAAAUCAUCCUACAGUAGAUUUGAAAAAGGAAAAUAUAAAAAUUAGAUCAUCGAAUCCUCAGGAACUCUCAAAAGUUAGCGAGAAGAAAUCAAAGAAAAAAAGAACAUUGACGAAAGACGUUAGCGAGGCUUUUACAUCGGAAUAUUUACGCGAUCAAGAAAUGAAAAAAUUGAAAAGCAUGAUGUUAUCGCCUGAUAUCCAUCUCAAUGACGUGGAGCCAGUUAUUCUUCCAAAAGAACCACCAUCGUGUUGUCAACAUGAAUACGGUGAUACUUUGCAGAAUGAUUUAGCUUCUGAAAAAGUCAUUAGCGAAAUAAAGAUCUCGAAAAAAGGUCCGUGCGGUUGGAGGACGAAAUCGGAACAAGAAAUACCUGUUAAAAAGACUUUGGGCUAUUUGACUGAACCUGAUCCUCCAAUCGAGAUGAUUCCUGUAAGACCAGGUGGAAAGCCUUGUGUUUGUCGUGAAAAUAGGAACAAGAAAAAGAUUCUGAUGUAUCAAAUUGGCGGAUCAGUUGGUAAAAAGAAAACUGAAUUAAAGCAUAAUUCAACGAUGAAAAAGAAAGAAGAGGAAGAAUAUAGUGAAGCUCGAGUGAUAGACGGUGUUAUUUAUUAUACACCACCGGCAAGUCGAAGAAGAAGCGACGAGUAUAUUCCCGAAUAUGAUAUUUAUGAGUCACCUUAUGAAGUAUGUACUUAUCGACACAAAGACAGUAUUCUGAAUAUGUUAAAAAAAUACACAGUACCUAGUGACUUUAGAUCAAAGAUGCGAGAUAACAUUAAAUCUUGCGAUUGUAGUAGUUAUCUAGACACUUACGGUGUAGUUGGUGAACAUGAGAUAGAAGAGUCGAAGAAAUUACUCGAGGAAAGAGAAAAAUUGAUGGAUUCGAAAACACCGAAGGAACGUUGGGCUUUGGCUUUAAAGGACAAGGGUCUAAUGGAUUAUUACGCCGGUUGUAAAGACAAAGUACCUUGUUGGUCGACGUGUGCCAAGUUUAGUAAAUAUGCCUGUCCUCCGAAGCCACGAAAAUUAAAAGUGAAGAAGCCUGUAUGCGAGUGUAAGUACGAGAGAAAGCUAGUAGAAAAUAAGGAAGAAAAGAUCAAGUGGAAGGAACGUCAAAAGAAACUAAAAAACUUCAAGAAGAAAGCCUAUACGAAUGUGAAGAAUAUUUCGAGGCCUAUGAAAGCUGACACAAAAAUGAUUAUAUCUGAUGUUAAGAGAAUUCCUCGCGAAGAUGAGUACAUAGACGAUGUACAAUAUUGUAUAUCAGGUGUAAUAGAAAAUUAUGCUAUGGAACCAACGAUAACAACAGUUGUGGAAGGUUUAAGCAUGGCCACACCUAUACAUACACCAGAACCAAGCAAGGAAGAUAUACCGUGUGUUUGCUUGCAUAGACAUUGGUCACCGAUGAAUAUACAACCUGGACCAUUACCUAGACAAGAUGAAGAGUUGAUAAAAGAAAAAAAGCGUAGGGAAAAGUACUUGGAAGAAGCAGCGCGAAUAAUUUAUGGUCCUAACGAUGACGAAAAUAAAUCUCAGGAAUGGUAUCGCAGUUGUAAAACAAAGUGCAUUGGCAAACGAAAGAAAGAUGAUAAGGAUGAAAAUACAGAAGAAAAAAAUGAAAAUGAUUUGAAUGAUUCGGUAAAAUGUAAUAUGGGCAAAUCUAUAGACGAACAAAAAACUUUCAAUUCUAAUAGGAAGGUUGUAAAUAAAAUUAAAAAGGAAUCAAUUAAGAUUGAACAACCAGAUCAAGAGAAAACGACGAUAACAGAGAAAAAAGUGCAGAAAGAGACGAAUAAAAAUAAAAUGGUAUCUGUAACAAAAUAUAUAACAGAAUCGAAGAUCGACAAAGAUCAAGAAGAUAAGAAUCUUUAUCAAAACGAUGUUGAUUUGGGAGUCUUAAUAAAAAAAGAAUUAAAAAUAAUGGCAACAGAGGGAUUUCUUUUUGCCAAAUUACCAAAUUGUCAUCGGAUGCCACAAAUUCAGAACUGGAUUAUGUAUAGAAAAGGAUUCGUUUUCACCGAAAAAGAAAAAGAGAAAUUAAUGACCUUGACCUAUAUGAUUUGGGCCAUGAGUGAUUCAGUUAAACAACCUAGGGUUAUAGUUCCGUCCUUGGAUAUGUCCAAGAAAGAAAUUCGAAAAUUAACAUUCGAUCGAGUUGAAGAAAUGAAAAAAAAAAUUGCUAUGAAAUGUGCCAUAUUCUACAGUCGUUUACGAAAAAUGCGUGUAUUAUACAGUCAAUAUAUGUGGAGUACUAUGGAAUUCCGAAAACAUCCAUCCUUGUCAUACAAAAGAGCAUAUUUCACUUAUAUGGCUUCAAAAGAAGCUGAUGGGCACGUUUUUAAACCUUGGAUGCUAAAUGAAGUUCGUGAAAGAGAUUAGAUUCUAUCAUUCAUACAUUAUUUGUUACUAAAAUCCUGUUCUUCUGCAAAGUUCUUACUGUUUAUCAGAAUUAUGAUAUAUAUUUAAUUAAAGUGCUGAGAAAUAAAAAUAUAAGGACAAAUAAAGAAAA